GCGUGGGGCUAGGCGGGUUGCGCGCGCAGGAAGCUAAGCUGGGGGAGUUCAAGAUGGCCGCGGCCGUGUUCCCGGCUUUGCUGCGGCGCUGGAGGGUCGGCGUGCAGCCGGGCGGCGCGCUACGGCGGCUGAGCCAGACCCAGGGGCCUCCCAGUUACCCCCGCUUCGUGGAGUCUGUGGAUGAAUACCAGUUUGUGGAACGCCUGUUACCCCCCACCAGCGUUCCGGAGCCCCCAAAGCAUGAACAUUAUCCUACUCCUAGUGGCUGGCAGCCCCCCAGAGAUCCUCCACCCAACCUGCCUUACUUUGUGCGGCGCUCUCGGAUGCACAACAUCCCUGUCUAUAAAGACAUCACACAUGGCAACCGUCAGAUGACUGUGAUCCGGAAGGUUGAGGGAGACAUUUGGGCCCUGCAGAAGGAUGUGGAAGACUUUCUGAGCCCGCUGCUGGGGAAGACACCUAUCACCCAGGUCAAUGAGGUGACAGGUACCCUGCGGAUCAAGGGCUACUUUGACCAGCAGCUAAAAACCUGGCUCUUAGAGAAGGGCUUCUGAGGCCUAGCUGAGCAGCCUGCAUGACAGCAUCCCCCACAGACUGGAGUCCAGGGGACCUCAGGAGGGAGGCAGGUGUUAAAGCAACUAGGAUUGGGGUACAGACUAGGGCUGAGGGCUAAAGGGCUUUGGAGCAGACCUUGCUUGCAUAAAGCGGGAAACAGGACCAUCUGCACAGAUGCCAGCACUGAGGGAGGGCUCUCUUACAUUGGUGACCCACUAGAAACAGCUGAGCUAGUCGGGGGCAUUAGUUGCUGUCCCCCCUGCCCCUGAUUUUGGUUUAUUCCUGCUUUUUCUUCAUUGGAGCUGCUGGGGUCAGUUAUUCAAAUUCUGGAGGUUGUUGACUGCCCCUCUGGUGUUUCGGGGAGGGUAGCACAGGACAGAACCAUUGGGAACCUUCCUUCCUUGGUCCUUAAGACUUCCUGCUGCAAACAUUCCCAAGCUCUUCCUCUAGCCAGACCUGGCUUGUGGAGGCUACGGAGAACACAGAUGAAUGACAUGGGUCCUGGAAGCCUUCAAUUCCAUGUGCAGUGCUGGGCAUGGGGCACAGCGUGCCCUUGUCAGCCCCUGAGCUCAUCUUUUCUACCCAUGGGUGAGGCAGAAGGCUCACUCACUUCUGCUCUAUUCCAGAGUUAGGCCUGGUUGGGUUUCCAGCUCCAGUAAUUAGUGAUUCCCUGUAGCUGAUCUGCCCACAAGGGGGUGCUUGGGAGCUCUUAGCCCAGCACGUGGCAUGAUUCCCAGCUUGAUGACCUGGUAUCAAGGCUGGAUGGGGUUUGCAGGCACGAAGAUGCUGGCCUUUUGCCCCUGCCAUCCCCAUCCAAUGAACCUUCACACGUGUCCUGUCAUGAGGGCCAAAAGCCCAUCCCCACCCCAGUAUCAGACUGGCUAAGUCAGGGUUCAGAGCCUAGCUCCCUCUGGGCUAAAGCAGGGUAAUCUUUUUAGAGCUGUUUUUUCUUAUGUAAUAUGGGUAUAUCUUCCUAAUAGUUUAAUAACAAUGCGCCCAAGGACAGUGCUAGGUUAUAUAAACCCUCAUCCCAGAAGAUUCCAGGCCACUCUCAAGUCUACAGCCUGAGCAAGAAAAUGGAGGCCCAGCUCACUGAUGCGGACACCAGCUCUACCAAUUGUUAAUGCAAGCUUUUAUUUGGCUGUAUAUACAAUUCAAGCUAUUAAAAUUUGUACAAUAUUUACAAAUUAAAUAAUCAUCUGAAA